GCCAGGAUUCUGGAUAAACUUGGCAUCUGCCAUGAAUUUUUCAUAUGGAGGCUCCUUGGGAAUGGAAUACAUCCCAGGAAACCAUCUGACUUGAUUGUCAAGGAAAUGCUUUUUGACAGAGUGCCGGUGAUGGUCUGUUGUCCCAAAAGAGCAAGUCCAGAGAACAGACGAGGACUUGUCUGGAUCCAUGGAGGAGCAGGCUUGUUUGGAAGCCCCCGAUCCCACGAAAGGCUGUGCCACUUCAUUGCCCGGCAAAGUGACACUGUGAUCGCAUGCAUCGGAUACCCCUUGGCGCCAGAGCACCCCUAUCCAGCUCAACAACUCAGCUGCUACACUGCCCUAUCACAUUUUCUGAAGAAUGCGCAGGACUACGGGGUGGACCCGAAACGGAUCGUGCUGGCUGGCGACAGCAGCGGAGGCACACUUGUUGCCAGCACUGCUCAGCAACUUCUGAUGACAAAGGACCUGCCACAGCCCCGGGCCCACAUACUAAUCUAUCCUUUCCUACAAGGCCUGGAUUUAAAUUUACCUUCUUACCAGCAAAACCAGUUUAUUCCCCUCUUAGUCAAGAAAGAGGCUGUUCGUCUUGCCACAGUUUAUCUGUCGGGAACUGAUGCCGGGGUCAAUGAAAUUAUGGCCAAUGCUCAUGUCCCGCAGGAACUCAUGGCAAAGUAUCAGAAAUGGAUCAGUGCGGAACAUAUUCCGGAGGAAUUUAAAGGCCGGGGUUACGUGCCGUUUGUACCUGGUCCGUUUUCAGAAGAUCUUUUCCAAAAAUACAAAACAGUUUUCGACCCCAUAUUGUCCCCACUCCUGGCGGAAGAUGCCGUCAUCCAGCAGUUUCCAGAGACUUUCCUCUUAACCUGCGAAUAUGACAUUUUCCGAGAUGAUGGCUUGCUCUAUAAGAAGAGGCUGGAAGACAAUGGUGUCCCUGUCACCUGGCUUCACCUCAAGGACGGAUUCCAUGGGAUCACCUCGCUGAUAGAUAUGGGGUCAAUCCAGUUUCCAAGUACGAGGAAGAGUAUGAAUAGUGUAAUCCAAUUCCUAGAACGAUUCUAGAAAUCAAACAGCCUCGUUCCUCUUCCUUGUUCAUCUAGCCCUUGCCUUACAGAUCUGGAUCUGAAGAGGUUAUACCCUAUAAUUUCAUUCAUCUGUCCUGCUUAACUGACCUGAAGAUGGUCCACCAACCCUUUGAAGAGACACAUCCUUGCCCUCUCCAGCUCGUUCAUAGCCCACCACUCAGGUAGCCUGGUGUCAGGCUGUGCAGGAAACGGUGGUUUUCCCUCUUACCCAAAAAAGAGAAUUUCCCAUAUGACAGUCUAAGUGGCACCGAGGAACCAUUGGGAGAGUGGCCAGACGUCUAA